AGCCACUGCCGCCGUCGCAUAUGCUCGAAGCGGACGUCCCCACUGCGCUCGUCUCUGCCACUGCUUGAAGCUGUCAUCCCCACUGCAACUUGUCUCGCGUCGUUCCUCCGUCGCGUAGCCACUGUUUCACUGCGUCAGCUCUGUUCCACCAGGCUCCAUCCCUUCUUUGCUCCAGUUCUGUUGUGUCAAGCCCUUCGUGCUCCCUCACCGCUGUACUCUAGAAGAUGGUUUACAUACAUUUGGCAUAACAUGCACUUGAACAAAUGGGAUCAAGCAGCUUUCUGUGGAAUUUUACCAAAAAGUUUGUCACAUUUGGGAUCAUUACUGUUAUUGUGUCUGAUCGUUAUGUAACAGUGGUUCCAGUUCGGGGUGGCUCUAUGUCUCCCACACUUAAUCCAAAUACCAGCUCUUUUGCAGGAAACUUCUCUGAUGAUUAUGUCUUGGUUGAGAAGUUUUGCAUUGACAAAUACAAAUUUUCACAUGGAGAUGUUGUGGUCUUCAGUUCCCCAUUGAAUCACAAGGAGAGACACAUAAAGAGAAUAGUUGCAUUAUCUGGUGAAUGGUUUAGUAGUCGUCAGAACUAUGAUGUGUUGAAGGUUCCAGAAGGACAUUGUUGGGUUGAGGGAGAUAAUGCGGCUUUUAGCAUGGAUUCAAAACAAUUUGGAUCUAUUCCUUUGGGCCUCAUACGAGGAAGGGUGACCCAUGUUGUGUGGCCUCCACAAAGAAUAGGCGCCAUCCAGAGUCCUCCACGAGAAGGAUUAUCUUCUUUAUAGUUGGAUCCUGAUGAUGCUGUUGCCGGGCCUCCUCAAAGUGCAGAAUUUUGUGAGGAAAAUCCUUCCUGGAGUAUUCUUUUCUCUUCCCCAAUGUUGUUUUAUUUGGACACAAACCAUUCUUUGCUCCAUUUGUUUAGCUUUGCAGAGGAGAGUUACUAUAAUUCAUUUGUUAAUUGGAUUAUCGUAUAACCGUUUAACCCUUCAAUUUUUUUAUUUUUAUUUUUCCCGGAACUGAGCAAUUAAUCAAAAUAGAAAUGAGAUGAAUGAUAUGUUGCUCG